AAAAAGAGAAAGAUCCAAAAAAUUGUUUACAAAACGGAAUUUGAUUAUUAAUUCACACACGUUCCUGGCAUCCAAAGUCAUUAUUUUAUACAUUUUCUAAACGGAAACUAUUACUUCAAACGAAUGAAGUAAAAGGAAUCAAAAUGAAGUGGCUGUCCUGGGAGUCGUUCGGUUGUACCAUGGCGAAGAUCUGGCCAUCCUUUUCGUCUUGGUCAGGACACAUGACAUCACUCAGUGUGUUGAACCAGAGUCAGGAAAUUGUGGAGGGGUCCAAAGGCUGCUGCUCCGUAGACUGGCUAGUCCAGCUCCAGCAAUUCUCAUGUCCUCUGGUGAAGCUCUUAAUACUCGGAUUGGUAGCAUUGCCUGUUUAUAAUGCGAUUCUCAUCCUGGUGGGGUGGCGCCUUAAUUAUAGUGCCUCUAGCAGUGCCGAGCGAUUGGUGCUGGACAUUCAUUUGGCUCCGGUCGUGAAGCGUCCAGCUCCACUUCCUCCCACUGCUCCAAAACCACCGCCUCGCCAUCGUCGACGUAAGGCACCUAGUAUCCCAGUUAUAACGAGUGAAGGCUAUACCAGCCAACAGAAUCUUUUUGAGUCCAACCUACAGACAGAUCAGUAUAACAAUCUCAGGGAAAAGCUUAAAGUGGUGCUGGAGGGCUUGCAGAAUCCUCUGCCCCCUCCAUUACCUCUUUUCCCGCCAAAACCCCCAGUUAUUUCCCUUUUCGUAGAACCCUUGUCCUUGCCAGAACCAAUGACCCCGUCUGAAUCUAUAACACCAUCUGAUUCUCCCAGGAUAGAGAGCACAAAGCCGCGCUCAAAACUUCUGACAGGGAUCUUUAAACGUUUUGGGAAGAGAUGGAAAACUCGAGGCAGCCAUAAAAAACCCACGACGUCUGAGGCCAGCACUUCCCCAUCGAAUUCCCCGAGCAUGGGCACCAGCUGCUUCUAUGUCUACUAAACACCAAGAUCGAGGGCACGAAAAGCUCAUCUAUCAAGAAAUCAGCGCUCAAUUCCGUGUGAAUCUCUGUGCGAUUAUAUUUUGUUACGAUUAAAAGCGUGCUGAGGUUAACCAUGUUGGCCCGGCCCAUGGAGGCCUUGAA